AUGGACCUGAGACUACCGGAAAUAGUUGUACCCAAUGGCAUUUACGAUGAAGAAGAAUCUAGCAAGGGACCUGAGAUUCAUGAGACAAAAUUGCAGGUUAUGCCCUUAGGCAAAGCUGUUCACACAUUACUACACGUUAAAGAAGAAGCUUUCCAACACGCGAUCAACAAACCUACCAGAGACUCACCAAUUGCACGCGCACUGUACUCAAUCGAUGAAUAUCUUGAGACACCGCGUUUCGAAGAUAUAUACGAUCCUUUGAAAGAUCAAUUCCUGAAGCCUAAGAGUACUCAAGCCAAGGCAGCUUUACGACUGGCACAAUAUGUCCUUUUACAUUCUCGUCACAAGGCUAAUUUUCGGUCAUUCUUAAAGACGCAUGAAUUGCAGUCGGGCGAUAAGCGUGCGCAUUUGGCAGCUGCUUUAUUGCUGGAAAGUGUGGCUGUCGACGAAUUUAUCCCGGACCUAGUACGACUCGCACAACAAUAUGGUGAGAAGCCUACGAUGACUGCAUGUAUCGCUUGUGAUGCAGUACUUGCCUGCUCAAGACAGGCCUUACAACCGAAAAAAUCCAACAAGGAAAACACUGGAUUAAUGAUUCAGGUCAUUGAAGAGCAUGAAGAUGAUUGGAACGGAAUUGAAGAAACCUGGGAAUACAUUCAGGAUAUCUUUUCUGUUAUGAGAAAGUGGUACCCUUUUGAUCCAAUUGCCACGUCUGCAUGGAAUGAGCUGCAAAUAUUCACAGCGUGCGCCAAAAGAGCAAUAUCUAACCGAAACUUGUAUAAGCGCAUCAACAAAGCAUGGAGCAGUAUAUCUGCCCUUUUAAUCUCGAAAAACAUCGUAUCUAAAAAACCAUUGGCUGUCAAGAAGCAAUUGGCUUGUUUGCAAGAGGAAAGCGAUCCAUUAGUACGGUAUCUGAAUAUCAUUUGUGUUGCGCUGUUGCAAAAGUCCCAAUGGAUAGUUAAUGGAGGUGACAGACUGCUGUCUUUGGAGGAACGAGAUAUCAAGGAACGAAUAUAUGCCAGCCUUGUUGACAUGAUGGAACAAUCACUGCCCUGUCCUUUUGAGACCUGCGGGAAGACACUUAUUAGCCAGACAAUAGUACAUGCUCCACACCUUGUGAAUACAGAGCAUGUUCCCAGUACAGUAUCGAAGAAAGUAAUCGAGGCAGCCCUCAAGGGCGACAUUGCUUUGGAUAAGCUUCCACACUCAGUAGUAUUCUCAAGCGAAGCAGUACAAGUACUUGUAUCUGCUGUUGGAAAUUCGAACGUAAAAGCAGGUGAUAUGCUCAACGACCUUGUUACAGAAUUGGAACGGGAUUCAUCAAAGGAUGCUUUUAACAUCAGUUGCCCCAUCGUCGAUGAGCUCUUAAAAUUUGUAGCAACCAAUGACCUUGCCUGCAAAGUCCUCAUUCGGUUUAUGGAUAUUGCUGCAUUGAUUGCCAAGGCAUUAAUGGCAAAGACUUGGUCGAAUGGUGACGGCGUUUUAGUCUUUGUGGGCAUGAUCAGAUACUUUAAGAGCACGAAAAGAUUCCCCGAGGUUAAUUCUCACAAAAAAUCGCUCACAUCACCUGCUGAUAUUGUUGCCACAAGUUCGUCACCUGUUGAGGGAACAAAUGAUCCGACUUUAAGCGAUGAUGAGGUCCAAAGGUUUGCAGCAGAAGUUUUGUCCGUAUUACAGUUAUGGGUUAUGAAGGCUACCGAUGAAGCAGUUCAAAAUGGGCUAGGGCAGCUAGUCUACAGCAGUUACUCUGCACCCAAUGACGGUACAUUUAUUGACGCUUGGAAAAACAUAUCUCAUGGAAUUGGAAACAACCAUCCAGAAGCAAUUUGGACUGUCAUCAUUCGCUGUUUGCAUAUUAUGAAAGACCAGACGAAAUUAACAGACGAACUUUUUGAAAACGAAACUGAGGAAAGCGAACGUGAAGUGUAUACAAUUAUUGUGAAGCGCCUGUCUCCACUAUUAAUACUUCGGACAUUCCAUCAACAAGCAUAUGAGAGCGUUACAUUACCUAAAGUGGUUCAAGAAGGAGUGGAUUGGUCUACGUUGGACUUUAAAAGUGAAAAAGUAAAAUGGUCGUCAGAUAAUGGUUCCGAGCAUCUUGAUUUGAUGUACGGGAUCCAGCGGAAUAUCAAGAAAAUCGAACAUUAG